AUGGUCUUCUUCCCUCCUCGCAGCUUCCCACCGUUGCCCCUGAUCCCAGAUGAUGUCGCAAUCUGCGAUUUCAUGCUUGACGAGAAACAUGGGAGAUCUACCUUCAGCCACUCACAAAACCCCUACACCUGUGGUCUCAGCGGGAAAUCAUAUUCAUGGCUGGAAGUGAGGGACCGUGUUGACUAUCUUUCGCGUGCUCUUGCCAAAGAGUUCAAUUGGCAUCCCAAUCGUGGAACAGAGUGGGACAAGAUCGCUGCAUGCUUCCUUGUAAACACGAUUGAUAACCUCCCUCUAUACUGGGCCCUUCAUCGACUGGCUGCUGUAGUCACACCAGCUAAUGCUGCGUACUCUGCCGCCGAAUUGACAUAUCAAUUGAAAGACUCCAAGGCUACUGCUUUGUUCACAUGCGCCCCGCUUUUAGAGACAGCUUUGAUUGCCGCAAAACAAGCUGGCAUCCCCUCUAAUCGCAUAUAUAUUGUCGACCUGCCUUUGGAAUUUGUAGGCAGCUCAAAAACGCUGUCACAAUUCAAAACCUUAGAACAGCUUAUCGCAGCAGGAAAGUCUUUACCAAAAGUCGAACAACUGAAUUGGGGGCCUGGAAAGGGAGCGCGGACGACUGCAUUUGUGUGUUAUUCGAGUGGAACAUCAGGUCUCCCGAAAGGAGUUAUGAUAUCGCAUCGCAAUGUCAUCGCCAAUUCAAUCCAAAUCUGCACCUACGAAGGCACAUUUCGCCCAACGAGGACGGAAAAACCCUAUACUGAAGUAUCAUUGUGCCUUUUGCCUCAGAGUCACAUCUAUGCAUUGGUUUACAUUUGUCAUGCUGCACCUUUCAGGGGUGAUGGCGUCAUUGUGCUUCCUAAGUUCGAUAUCAAGACAUUCUUGAACUCUAUACAGAGGUUUCACAUCAAUACUCUUUUCCUGGUGCCUCCCAUUAUUAUAACAAUGCUGAGGAGCAAGGAAUUGAUGAAGAAAUACGACAUGUCAAGUGUGACGUCUAUUUUUACUGGAGCUGCACCUCUUGGAGCUGAAACUGCAAAAGAAAUACAGGACGUAUUCCCUGACUGGGCAAUUAGGCAAGGAUACGGUUUGACUGAGACUGCCACUGUUGUAUGCGGCACAACAACCACGGACAUCUGGUUUGGCUCAAGUGGUAACAUCCUACCAGGAGUCGAGGCAAGAAUCGUUUCCCCAGACGGCAAGGAGAUUCUCGAAUACGAUACUCCAGGUGAACUCGCGGUCCGCUCACCGAGUGUUGUGCUAGGGUAUUUGCAUAACGAAAAGGCUACGAAGGAGACUUUCCGUGAUGGCUGGAUGUUUACCGGAGACGAGGCUGUGAUGCGUAUUGGUCCUAAGGGAACAGAACACCUGUUCAUCGUGGACCGAAUCAAAGAGCUCAUCAAAGUCAAGGGAAACCAAGUUGCACCUGCCGAACUCGAAGCCCACAUUCUCGAACAUGAACUGGUGGCGGACUGUGCUGUGAUCGGAAUUCCUGAUGAAGCUGCUGGCGAAGUGCCCAAAGCGUUUGUUGUGAAGUCGCCAUCAGCAACACAAGAUAAUGCUGCUACUAUAGCAGCCAUCAAGAAGCACGUAGAAGAUCACAAAUCGCGGCACAAAUGGUUGAAAGGUGGUGUCCAAUUUCUGGACGUCAUUCCCAAGAGCCCUAGUGGUAAGAUCUUACGACGGUUACUCAGAGACCAGGAGAGGGAGGCAAGGAAGAGGGCCGGCAGCAAGCUGUGA